AUGUCCACUGUGAUUGUAUCCCAUCCCACGCCCAAGGUGACCAAAAUCACACUUAAUCGACCCGGUAGCCUGAAUGCAAUCAAUGCAGAGCUUCUGCAUGAUCUUACCGAUGCCCUGCGAAUUCAUGGCGGUGCCCACGUCCUUAUCAUAGAAGGUGCAGGCGAUCGCGCAUUUUGUGCUGGCGAGGAUCUCAAGGAGACCCUGGCGCCGCGGUCCGGAUCCGCCGAGGAGCUUCGGGUGGCAUUCGACCAGCUCCAGACCAUCACCCGGCUCACUGCUUCAGCCCCAGCACUCAUAGUCGCCGCUGUACAGGGGUACGCUGUGGGCGGAGGGGCGGAGUUUGCGCUGGCCGCCGAUUUUGUCGUCGGCGGCCGGAAUGCCAAGUUCCGAUUUCCCGAAGUCACCCUGGGUCAUGCGGUGACUGGGGGUAUUUCGCUCCGUUUGCCUCAGAUGGUCGGCUUGCUCAAAGCGAAGGAGCUGCUCAUCCGGGGUCGGACUAUUGGAGCUGAAGAGGCUUCGGCCCACGGACUGCUCAGCGAGAUUGCGGAUAAUCCGAAGGCCCGCGCGGAGCAGCUGGCCGUGGAAUUGUCCGAGCUGCCGCGGACUGCGGCGGCCAGCCUCAAGAUGUCCAUCGAAAGAGCGGUUUUUCCGAAUAUGGAAGUGGCGCUGCAUGAGGAGGUGAAUGCGGCUAGUUAUUGCUUUGCUCGAAUCGAGGCGGCCAACGCGUUUAGGGAUUUCGCUCGGAGGAAACAUGGCAGCCAGCCCGUGCGCGAUAUCAAUACCGCCCUGAAGAAAGCCGCCGAAAAUCACACCGAAAAGGUAUUCGUUCGCUGCCAGGGGCAGGACGUCUCUUUCCGGAGUUUUGAGCGGAGCGUCACUGCGCUUGCCAGCGGGUUUCAACGUAUCGGUGUGCGGCCAGGCAGUCGAGUACUUGUUAUGAUGGAGAAUAGCCUUGAGAUGGUCCAUACAUGGAUGGCUGCAAAUUAUCUGGGGGCCGUAUGGGUCCCAGUGAACACCGAUUGGCGGUCCUUGACAUUGAAGAAUGCAGUAGUGGCGGCAGACGCAACGGUGGCCAUUGUGGACGAGCCGUUUCUCGAGUUACUCCGCGCGACAGGAGCAUUCCCUGACAAAGAUAUAUGGAUCCGAGGCGGCGCAGAUCCACAGAGCUUGCCACAACUCUACGACUCCGGCCCCGUCGCCCAAGAAGCGUUCGCGGCGACUCCAGCCUCGACGUCUGCGUUUCUCUACACUAGCGGGACAACCGGCAAAUCGAAGCUGUGUAUCCUGUCACACGAGUACUUCAUCACCCAAGCGAGGCUCUUGAUCGAAGGCUACGCUACCGCGCUGACCGUCAUUCCGGCAAUUCUCCUCGGCGCCACUGCGGCGCUUUCCCCCAGAUUUACCGCAAGUCGUUUUUGGGACGAGAUCCGAGAGACCAAGGCCACAGUUUACGACUUUAUGGGCGCGACACUCGCCUUGAUCUAUAAGGAACCACCGAGCCCUCGAGACCGUGAACACCGCGUGCGGCUGGCCUGGGGGGUACCCAUCCCAGCGUUCGCAGAACAAUAUGAGCGUCGCUUCGGUCAUUCAUUACAUACACUGUACGGCAGCGUUGAAGCGAGCAUUCCCAUCGUACAACAGGGCAGGCGGGUCCCGGGGUCCUGUGGGACUCUGAGGUCGGGGUAUCAGCUGCGGAUCGCAGACAGGGAAGACGAGCCGCUGCCACCCAACACUGCUGGCCAGCUGCUGCUGCGAAGUGAGAACCCCAAUGCCUUCUUUCACGGAUACUUUAACGACCCAAAAACCACGGCGCGGGCCUAUUCCAAAAUGUGGUUCCACACCGGAGACAUUGCGAAGACGGACGAACAUGGGAAUGUGUACUUUCUCGGUCGCAUGAAGGACGUUAUCCGGAGACAGGGGGAGAACAUCAGUGCGGCCGAGGUGGAGGAGGAGUUCCUUCAGCAUCCAGACGUCAUGAUGGCCGCUGCAUUGGCAGUCCCCGGGAGGCUGGGUCCCGGGACGGAGGAUGAGUUGAAAGUGGUGGUUACACUGCUCCCGGGUAGCAGGGUGGACGAGGAGGCGUUAUGGAAUUGGUCACGAAAGGGCAUGGCUCGAUCCCAGGUACCGACGGUGAUUGAAAUCAUGGAUGAACUGAAGAGGACGCCUACAGGGAAGGUCGAGAAAGGGUCAUUGUCGGCGCAUGGCGGGAAGAUGUUCACCACUCGACCGGCUAGACUUUAG